AUGUUAAGCCUUGCUCUCCAGGGCGCUUUGCAUGGCGUUACGAUUUGGAGCCUGAACUUCAUCAUCAUCAUCAUCAUCAUCAUCAUCAUCAUCAUCAUCAUCAUCAUCAUCAUCAUCAUCAUCAUCAUGAGACGAAACAGCGUGCUAUCCGUCGUAUUGCAGGCCACAGCCCUUUUUUUGGUUGGAUACAUUACCAGUCACGAGAUAUCUCGGAAAUGGGAUUCCAAUGUAUGGGAUGAUCCCGUUUUGCAGAAUUACACGACGUCCGUUAAAAUCGGAAGCAGUUUGCAGACCGGCGCACCUCAUGGCCUCGUUGCCAAUUCUACGUUGACGAACGCGACAUUCGAUGCAGAAAGCCCAAAGAAAUCCAAAAAGACUUUUUAUUUGAGAGUUCUUCUAAAGAUUCUACCCAUCCAGGCCGUCGCCGCGGCUUUGUCGUACUAUUGGCAUCUCAUUUUAGAGUAUUACCUCCCCACUCGAGCCGGAGGUGUUAAUGUGAGCCAGAAGAAGGAAAAGACAGCCGAGGGAGACGAGUUACAAGAACAAGAGAUCGUCAAUCGGUGGAUUGCAGAAGGGAAGGUUCAAAGAUUGGCCAUCAGCUGGCGCAACACUCUCUUAAAAUGGACUUUCGACGCCAUAUUCGGAACAAUAUGGAAUGCGACCCUGAAAGGAACCCUGGAUAUCGUCGUCUACGGAACCCCAAAACCGCCAAUAACCGCCACGAAUUUCAUAAUAGGCCGCAGAAAUUAA